CGAGCGGGCGACGGACUUCCGACGGCAGAGCCGACCGACCAUGGCGGCCUUGAGGCGGCUGGCGGGCUUUCAGAGGUGGUUGAGGUUGGCCCGCCCUUCGGCCCGCGGGGUCUCCUCAGGGGAAAAGGCUCGCUCGGCGGCCUCGGUGCAGGUUCCCUCGGCUCCGGCCCCCUCGCACCUGGCCCCCAGGCCCCUCCACGACCACGACGAGGAGAUCCCCGUCUUCGCCAAGAAUCCAGAUUACCAUGGCUUUGACGACGAUCCUGCCAUCGAUCUGUGGAAUAUGCGACUUGCAUUCUUCUUUGGUAUCUCUGUUGUUAUCGUAUUAGGCACCACAUUUUUACGCUAUCUGCCAAGUGAUGGGAUGCGAAAUUGGGCUCGUCGGGAAGCUGAACGAAAAAUAAAGGAGCGAGAGGCACUGGGCCUGCCCGUCCUUGACUCCAAUUACUAUGACCCUAGCAAGAUUGUGCUUCCUCUGGAGGAUGAAGAAUGAGCACCUUGAUGUCUGUCUGUAUGCUGAGAAUAAACCUCUGAGAUCACC